AUGCAAUGCCUGGGGAGAGAGGGAGCGAGCGAGAAAGUGCUGCGCAAGAGAAUCAUUCUCUCCUAUCGUUCCAAGCGCACGCGUACAAGCCUCCAAUGUCCACGUGCUCUCCUGGUUGCCGUCAUCGUGGCUAGCGAUAUGAGUAGAGACCGGGUAAAUCCCAUCACCUAUUUGGUGCGCCGGCUAUCGAAGACCCUCUCACUCAACCGUGGCUCGAUUACUAAUGCCGACUUGAAGGACCUCGAGGAGUAUGUUCAUCAUCCCCAUGUUCGCCUUCCCUCUGCCACAUGCGAGCGCACAAGCCGAUCAAUUGACAGAUCUUGGAAGGGCGGUAUUCCGGCCAGAUCAGCCAGUGCCUGUCCUGCGCCUCUCGCCACAGCAGAUUGUUUCGACAUCACCGAUGUGAGCGAUGGGGAGAUAGGAUCAAAGGAUCAACUAUCAGAUAAUAAGCCAGAAGCUGAAAGUGAGGAUGGCUCUGUGACGCCGAUUUCAUACUCGGAUAGUGAGGAGGCACAAUCUGUGGACAAACCUGAGGAGGAACCAGUUUUUACGUACUCUGGGGCUCCAACAGAUCAAAUAUAUGAUUUUAGCUACCCAGAGGUUCUGCGAGAUGAGAGUGGAACUAGUUCAGUUUCAACCAUCCACAAAAGCGACUCUUUGUUGAGUUCAAAUUCAAUAGAUGCGGGUUACAGUGAGCUAAGUUCUUCGGAAGGAGAAGUCGAAAAGGUUGGACAGGAGGAGGCCGAAGUUCCAGAAGGUCAGUCUACUGAGGCAUGUGAAGAGGAUGAUGCCAACGAGGAGAGGCCCUACAGAGGGGUUUAUCAAGAGAGCUAUGAAGACUAUAACUAUCCUCGGUUUGAAGUGCAACAUGAUCCACAGCAGGACCCAUUUCAUGAGGCGACACUUAUUGCUGAAAGUCAAAAGCAGCUCUCACAUCCUUACCACCUUUCCAUGAGUACAUCCCCGCCUGCAAUACUGGUUACAUCACCAUCAAAUCACGAUAUAACCCAAAAAUCACCGAGCAGACCCCCACUCCCAAUUACCAAACCAGUUCCACCACCAGUGCCGCCUCCUCCCAAGAAAGUGUCGCAUCACCCGGAACCCGCGCGACCGCCACCGCCAAGGCCGUCAUCGAAACCGGAAUCAUUAACUUCGGAGGCCCAGCCAAGCCCAGCACGAAAGAAGAAGCACAAGAUAUUCGGAAUUAACAUUGCGCAAGUAGUUGCUUUGCUCUCCGUGGCCAUUGGUAAUGCCAAAAUGCACGCACCGCGCACGCGCCCGCAAGAAGGCGCGCACGGCGGACGAGGCCCUCUACCCUCCGAUCCGGACCCAAGCUUCCCAUUCGAAAGUCACUUUGAGAAGAAACGAAUAGUCCCCAAUCCAAAAAAGGCACUUCAAAAUAUAAUUGGCGGAGAAAAACGGAAGCAACGCCUCAAACGAAAGGAGGAGGCCGAAGUUGAGCGGAUCAUCAAGUCGAAGCCUGUAAGGGCACCAGCAAAGGAGUCCGAAGAAGACAAAUCCUCCACAAAAGGCUACCUCUCGGAUUGGCGUGAAUUUCAGGCUCGUAUCGAAGCUAAAGUCAGCGACACCGCCUCGAGACUUGAGUCCCUAAAGUGGGCUACGGAGAGCACUGACGAUACGAGGAAGAGUUUUUCCAGCAGUUGGGCUAAUUUUGAGGCGCAUCAAGAACCGCAAGUUGAAGUCAAUUGGGCAAAAUUUGAGUCGAAAGAAGAUUCAAACGAGACCACCAGUCAAGAAGGUUCUUCGGAAAAUUUAGUUGAAGAAGGGCUCUCUGAUUUGAAAAUCGGCGUUUCGGGUAAGGAGAACGAUUGGGCUGCCUUUGACGAUCUACGAAGAAGGGACCGCCCUCCUCAGGAAGACAAGAGAGAUUUCGUCACAUCUUCAAAUAGUGAUUGGGCGUCAGUAGCAGAAUCUGCACAAACGGAAAGUGGGGAUAACUGGGCCAACAUUCGCCACUCAAACUUCCCAAAUUCUGACCAUUCGGUUCCUGAAGUUCCCUCAAAUAACAACUGGGAGGAUUUUUUUUCGUCCAAAAUGAAUAAAAGCCCCGAGUCACCUCCAAAUCAAUGUUCAGCUCAGGACUCGCAGAUGAGUACUUUGAAUCACUUCGAGGCUGAAGGCACAAUAUAUCAAUCCAACAGUUCGAUAUCUUCCUCCGAACAGUAUUUGCCUCAAAUCGAAGAUAAUUCGGAAGGUAAACGUGGCUUUUCUGUACAAAAUAAAUCGGCUGAAGAAAUGAGCAGUACCAAACAGGAAACAGAUACCACUACAGGCGAUGUCGAAAGCACUUUGAACAGUGAACAGAUAGAGGAAAGAUCUAAUUCAUCUAAGGGUACACCAAGCUCCCAAUCGUCUUCACUCGAUCGGGAAUCGUCCGUGCCUAAUCAAAUUCAGUACUAUGGAUACGACGAUCCUUCACAAGUGACAACUGAAAUAAACCAAACAUCACUUGAAAAACCCACAAUAAUAGAAGAACCAUCUCUCUCAUCUUUUUCAAUAGAUCAAGAAAAUCUAAAAGACUACCACUAUGAUAAUCAAAGCGGUUCGGAUAUUCUCACGGACAAGCAGCUACAGCCACCACAAUACGGUGACUCCUAUGGAUAUGAUGAGGUGGAUGUCGAUGAGGCAUCGUUACCAGAAGAUAGCGGUGUGGCCCAGUCGGAUGUGCAGGAAUUCGUUUCUGAUAUUAUCAGUACGGCUGAAUCUGAGGUAAUUGAGAAAAUUCCUCCUGAGAUUGUGGACCUCUACACAAACAAGUCAAAAUCCAAAUCUCGGGCAGUCAGACAGUGUACACUAACGGAAAACAAUCCCUUUCGCCGGUCCUUGAGAACGGAAAAUUCCGAAAACGUCGACCAAGAACUCAAUGCAGAACAGCUAGCAAUGGAAGACGAAAAGACUACUCUUGCCACGGUGGCGCUCUUCAGUCAAUCAGUGCAUGAUGAAGACGAGGAGAUGGAAGAAAGACCUGAGGACUAUGAAAUCGAAGAAAGACCGGAAACGCCAACAAAUCAAAACUUUGAUCCGUUUCAAACAAUAUAUCCUGUUUCAGAAAAAGAUAGCUCAAGCGAUGUUGAGGAAGAAAAAUCAAGUCAUGCAGUACCUCAGGUUCCAAUUAGGAAAAAGGACGACAACAAUCAAAAGACUCAUGAGGAGACGAUGAUUUUCCCCAUACUUCCAGCUCCUCCAAAAACUGAAGCACCAGCAUAUGCAGAUGAUCUUGCUGCAAGCGAUACAGACGACGAGUUUGGGAAAGGGAUUGACGGAAAAACUGACAAUCUGAGGGACUUGGCCAUAAACAGUUCAACGCCAGUAGGUUGGGAGACCUUUACCUCGGAUAACAAUCCUGCAGACAAUAUAAAUGCGACAGAUGAUGAGUUAAAUAAGGCAUUUGAGGUUGAUUGGUCGAAGCCACCUGUUCCAACAGCAUCUAUACCUGAACCACCACAACCAGAAACCCCUGAUCCUGAUUUGGAAAUUCCGUUUAAUCCACCUGCCCCCACGAAUCAGGUGUGGAGAUUAUGGAUCAGAUACCCAGAGAAAAAAAAGAAAGUGAAGCAAAUGACGAAAUACACGACUGAUCGCAGUUGGAAGGAGAUCGCUGUCACAUUAUCCGAUGAUCGAGGUCGUUGUGAGGUUAAUUUGCACGAUAUUGACCCAAACGACAAGGAUAAUGUCAAAGAGCCCUACCGAACGCUACGCAUGGAACCCUAUAUGCAGUUGUCGCGAUGUAAGCUUCAACAAUACGACAAAUACGGAAAGCUGAACAUAUUCAAGAUAAACCACGUCUCUUAUCGAGAACUACCAGGAAUGCGUCCUGAAAAGUUCUCUAUUAAAACAUUUCAAAAUUUAAUCUCCCACAAGCCAAAACAGAAUGUAACCCUUGAUCACAUUCCCGUGUACACUGAAAUUCUCAAAUUCGGUUCAAUGGACAGAACCCUGAUGAGAAGUCUAAUGUCAGUUUUGGAAGAUUCUCUAAUGCAAAUUCCAGCUCAUAAAGACGAGGGUCUUAAUUAUACACAUGAAGAAGUUUGUUGCUAUGUGGUCGAUGAAUACGUUGGAAGAGUCUCAGUUGCUGGCAGUAUCGAAGACCAGAAGGCACGAACGAGAAUAUUUUGCAGUGCAUUUGUGAAUGGAGGACCACAUAUUGUAUUGGGCAUCAAUGACAAGUGGCGUUUCGGAAGGGAAAUUGUACGGCGAUCAGAUAUUUUGCCAGUGAUGCAUGACGAAUGGAUAACGGUUUGGAAACCGGAGUUUCACUCCUGCCUUGAAAUGGGUGAUUACGAAAACGAUCACUUGCUGAAGUUUUACCCACUUGAUGGAUGCAAGUUUGAGCUCAUGAGAUUUCGUGUCAGCCUUCGACAUAAUCGAGAGCUUCCAAUGCAAGUUCAUUGCUCUUACUCGAUAGAUGAUCGAAAAAUAUCAAUGCGGUGUGAGCUACUUGUGCCUGGCUACUUCACAGCCACGGGAAGAUCAGAAGCUAUUCCUUGCGAAGACGUGGAGAUUCGGAUACCUGUGCCUGAGGAAUGGAUAUAUCACUUCAGAUUUGAGAAGCACCACAAGAUGGGCUCAGUGCAUUCAACACUGAGAAAACCAGGUCGAAUAAAGGGGCUGGAAAGAAUCACACAAAUGGCACAAAGUCUGCUGCCGCCAAGUUUACUUGAAGCCAGCAUUGGAUCAGCUAAGUACGAGAAUCUAUUUAAGGCUAUCGUUUGGCGCAUCCCUAGAGUACCAGAGAAAAAUGAAGCUUCUUACCGACCUCACCUUCUGACAUGCAAUCUUCAUCUAAAUGCUCAUGACACCGUCCCAGAAUGGGAUGCUCUUGUAAAGGACGUUCAGAUCGAAUUCAGCAUGCCAUCAAGCACUGUUUCCGGGACAACUGUUCGAUCCAUAUCAGUGGAAACGACGGGCGUUGCCGAGAAGUUCGUGAAGUACACAGCCAAGUAUCGCCUCACCAAAGCGAUUGAGUACCAGUUAGGGCAUAGGAAAGACAAAGUGCUGAAGAGUAUUUUGGAUGCAGAAACCGACGAGCCAACGUCACCUUCGGAUUCUGAGUCGGAGAGAGACGAGGAGACUGCAGGUGUUAAGGUGCCUCAAGACUCGAAGUGUAGAACAGAAGGAUCUGGAGUUGCGAUUGACAACCUCCUUGACGAGGGUCUGGACGAGACGGCCCUAUCCCAAUCACCAGUCACAGUUCAAUCAGGUGCCGCGCAAUCUGAAGAACUGUUCGACAUCUUUGGCUGA